GCACUUCCCACAUUUGUGACCAUGAAGGAGCAUGUGACCAGAAACAUCACAGACCUCCUUCUCACAACUCCACUCUAGCAUCUACCGAGGUGAGAUCUGCAGGUUCCCAGGUACAAGACUCUCAUAGCUAAAACUUUCUUUUGAAAGACAAUGGUCCUUUCCAUUGAUGAUCCACCAAGGAUGGAGAAGGACAGAAACUACAUGGCUGCAAGGAUAUUAGACCUCACCCUGGAGAUCAUCUCCUUGAUAACUGGAGAGGAUUACACAGUAGUGAAGAAGUCGUCUGGUGAGUGUGUGACACCCCGUGUGUCAGGAGGAUGGAGCAGGACCCAGAGUCCCAUCACGGAGCCUCUACCUCAUUCCCUGAUACAUGAGCAGAAGAUCCUAGAACUUACCACCAGGAUCACUGAGCUGCUGAGCGGAGAGGUUCCUAUAAGGUGUCAGGAUGUCACUGUCUAUUUCUCCAUGGAGGAGUGGGAGUAUUUUGAAGAGCACAAGGAUCUGUACAAGGACGUCAUGAUGGAGAAUCACCAGUCCCUCACAUCACUGGAUGGAUCCAGUCAGAGAAAUCCACCAGAGAGUUUUCCCAGUCCUCAGUAUUCACAGGACUGUCCAGAAGAGAAAGCAAAUGUCCCACUGGAUCAUCAGGAAAGUUCUGGAGGAACGAUGAGUGGACUCGAAGAACCCAUAUCAGUGUCUGUGAAUGGUAAGGACAUCUUUAAUGGACAUCUCCUUUUAUCCGAAGACGUAAACAGUAUCGCACAAGUUAAUUCAGUAUCUCCUAAUACAGCCCAUCGCAGUAGAGAUCUAUCCACCAAUAACACUGUUCACAAAAAACUUUGGUCUAAUCAAUCACUGACUGGGAACACAAGAACAGGACAUGGGCAGAUAUUACAUGGCAAACACUUUAGAAAGAAAUCUAAUCGAUCUUUACAUGAAAGGCCAUUUUUAUGUUCACAAUGUGGGAGGUGUUUUAGCAGGAAAUCACAUCUUGUGGAACAUCAAAGAACCCACACAGGAGAGAAGCCAUUUUCAUGUCCUAAAUGUGGAAAGUAUUUUAGUCAGAAAUCAAGUCUUAGCGAACAUCAAAGAGUUCACACAGGGGAGAAGCCAUAUACAUGUUCUGAAUGUGGGAAAUGUUUUAGAAGGAAAUCAAUUCUUACAGAACAUCUAAGAACUCACACAGGAGAGAAGCCGUUUUCAUGUCCUGAGUGUGGAAAGUAUUUUAGUCAGAAAUCAAAUCUUAGGGAACAUCAAAGAAUUCACACAGGGGAGAAACUAUUUUCAUGUUCCGAAUGUGGACAACCUUUUAGUCAAAAAUCAAGUCUUGUUAUACAUCAUCUGAGAACUCACACAGGAGAGAAGCCGUUUUCAUGUCCUGAAUGCGGUAAAUGUUUUAGUCGAAAAUCAAAUCUUGUGGAUCAUCUCCGAAUCCACACAGGGGAAAAGCCAUUUUCAUGUUCAGAAUGUGGGAAAUGUUUUGUGCAGAAAUCGGGUCUUGUUGAACAUCAGAGAAUGCACAGAGGAGAGAAGCCAUUUUCUUGUUCAGUGUGUGGGAGGUGUUUUAGUCAGAGAUCAUUUCUUGUGAGACAUCAGAGAAUCCACACAGGAGAGAAGCCGUUUUCAUGUUCAGAAUGUGGGAAAUGUUUUAGACAGAAAUCAGUUCUUGUUAAACAUCAUCUGAGAACACACAGAGGGGAGAAACCAUUUUCUUGUCCUGAAUGUGGGAAAUAUUUUGGUCAGAAAUCAUAUCUUGUGGAACAUCUACGGAUCCACACAGGAGAGAAGCCAUUUUCUUGUUCAGAAUGUGGGAAAUGUUUUUCCCAAAAAUCUGUUCUUGUUAAGCAUAACAGAAUUCACACAGGGGAGAAGCCAUAUUCAUGUUCUGAAUGUGGGAAAUGUUUUAGUGGGAAAUCAUGUCUUACAGAACAUCUAAGAACUCACACAGGAGAGAAGCCGUUUUUAUGUUCAGAAUGUGGGAAAUGUUUUAGACAGAAAUCAGGACUUGUUAAACAUCGGAGAAGUCACAUAGAGGAAAUGUAAGAACAGGUGGGGUGCUUCAUUGUUAGACCUGCUGCCUAGGAUGCCUUCUGAUGAAUUACCUAACCAAUUUAGAACCUGUGCUGUAACAAGAUGGUGUUUCAAAGGAUUUAUCCUGCAAUAUAUAUAUUGAUGACCUCUGAAUAGGUUUUCAAUAUCAGAUUGGUCGGUGCCCGCCACCAGGGGCCCCUGGCGAUCAGCUUUUAAAAGAGGCCAGCACUUCGUGAGCGCCGUGGCCUCUUCCUAGGCGAUAUCAUGUCACUGUACAUUGGUCACAUGACCUAGUUGCAGCUCAGCCCCAUUAAAGUGAAUGAGGCUGAGCUACAAUACCAAGCACAGCCUCUAUACAAUGUAUGCCUCUGUGCUUGGAAAGCUGCCGAAUUCCGAUGAGUGGGGGUGCCAGGAUUCGGACCUCAGCCAAUGUGACAAUGAUGACCAAUCGUGAAGAUACAGUAGGUCAUCAUUAUCAAUUCCUGGAUAACCUCUCUAACUCUUAGGCUACUUUCACACUAGGAAUUUUUACGGAUCCAUCAUGGAUCUGCAAAAACACUUCCGUUACAACAAUACAACCGCAGGCAUCUGUCGUGAACGGAUCCGGUUGUAUUAUGUCUUCUAUAGCCAUGACGGAUCCGUCAUGAACACCAUUGAACGUCAAUAGGGGACGGAUUAGGUUUCUAUUGUGGAAUUAUAUAUAGAAUAGAUGGGCACUCAGCAGUCAGAGUCACACAGAAAUCUGAAAUAAUGUAAAGAUGCAAUUUAAUGCGACACUUAUAUAAAACAACAGAUAAAUAGAUGAAACAGUGUAUGGAAUAUGCAUAAAAAUGUCAAAUAAAUAUCAAGUAUCACCUAAGGAACCGCAGCUGAAGGAGAAAAGUAUUAAAUCAAAUGUCCAAAAAUGGUUAAUGGUACAACCAGUCCUAAGCCGCUAGCGAUCGAUUGAUCGUGUGCGCACAAGAGAUUCCAAUGUGCAGUGCGGACAGCAACAUGUAGGAUACUUCAAUACAUUAAAGAAAGUUUGUGGCGUCCCACGUUCGGAUGUAUAUAACAGUUAUCGACACCCACACAGCAGGACAGAAUACAGAGAGUAUGUACUUAUCUCUCCAGAUGCUGUCUUUCUUUCAGCCAUCCGCUGGUAGCUUCUGCAGCAGCAAGAGCAAGAGGACUGUCUGCUGUGAAGUGCGUAUACGGCGUCCCACGUGUCUGAGACUCCAGUUUCGGCGUCCCACGUGUCUGAGACUCCACUUUCGGCCUCCCACGUGUUUCAGACUUCAAUUUGGAGUUCGGUAAGUUUUACAGCCCAGACACUAUAACUCCAGAAACCCACGUAUUAAUCAGAUCUUUUUUCGGGUACUUGCUUGGCUAUUCUCAGAACUCCAUAGAAAUGAAUGGAGCAUGCUGGGAGUCGUAGUUUCCCCACAGCUGAAAUGCCGGAGGUUAGCCAUCACUGACC